AUGGCUUGCCUGAAGCCACCAAAGAAGUUUGCGGCUGAGGUCUUGUCUCUUUCUGAAGUUCUCUGGCCUUGUACACUUUUCCUUAUUCUAGCUGUAGUCCGUUUCCAGGAACCACCAAGGCAGAGAGAGAACUGUUAUUUGGCAGCCCGGGAUUUGCCAAGCCGGGGCCUUUACCCUUUCGUUCAGAGCCUCUUUUGCAACGGCGGCUCCAGAUGCAAGAACAGCAGCUACACUGCUCAGAAAAACAGCAGUUUGCGAGCUUCCAGUUCCCAGCGUGAUCAUAACAGCAUUAUGGACCCUGACGUGGCCUUUCUGAAAGACAUUAAGGAACUCAUGCAGGGCAUUUCAGAGACCACGAAGAAAGCAGCUACUUUGCAUACACUUUGGGAGGAGAGAUCAAAGCUCUUGGAUCCUGCAGGCAGUUCUGUAUUCUUAGGUAUGAAUUUGAAUGAAACUGAGCAAAUGAUCUCUACCGUGGAACACUUCCAUAACCAGCCCUAUUUCUGGGACCUGCUGUACUCACUGCCGUGGCUUCAGAGAGGCAGUCUUUCCCAAGAACGUGGGAUUGAGUAUCUAGCAAAGCUUCUGCGUACCGUUCAGAAUUCUUUGGCAUUCUUAGAAGAUUUGAAUGCAACACCAUCAACCCAAAAAUCAUACAGUGUCCUGAAAUUAGGUCUGACUGUGAUGACUGCAGUUUUGGAAGCCUGGAAUGGAGAAGGUUUUCAGUAUAUUCUCUGUCUUGGGGAUAUUGUGUGGAUCCCCUCUGUUAAGACUGAACUUCAAUCGCAGUUGGGAUUUGAAAAGAUUUACAUUGAGAGAAUACUCAAUUAUACAGUGAGGCUCAAUAAGAUUCCCACCAAAGAUACACUGGAGCAGCUUGUGUGUUCGAUUCUGAGCACGGUGUCAGAAGCGAAACCUGACAAAGGAGACGGCGACGAGAGAGACUGUAUCUUCUCCCCGUGGCUGGAAGCCCAGACGUAUCUUGUCCAUUCCGUUGACCAGAUCAAGCUCUACACAAAGAUUCUGGAGAGGGAUGCGUCCUCUGCCUGCGAUGAUGAUCUUAUAGCUUUCGAGAGGAGCCUUGGAUUGCCGCAAGACUCAGAGCUCAGAGACGUCCUUGAAGAACUCGUGUGCCGUCAAAACCACUCUGAGUUCAGGAGCCAAAUCCAUUUAGUAAAGAAAUCUAUCCAGCUUCUGCAGAGCACAAUUCAUGGACACCGCAGCCUGCCAGUUUCACUAGCUGAAGGAUAUUUGGGCUGGCGAGCCAUAGGAGAGCGGUUGGCUGAAACGAGCGCCAGUUGCAGCGAAAUAAUGAAGUUCCUGAGCAAGACGCAGCAUGUGCAGGCUGCCUCGUUCAGCUCUUGCCACGAGCAGCUCGUCCAGUCCCUGUUUUGGGACACGCUUGAUGAAUUGUGGUUCGGCUUUGAGAAGCAGCUCUACUGGAAAGGUUUAUCAACAUUUGUCAGGAGAACCUGUGAGAUGGCUUACUAUGCCAAUGAAGGGGAAGGUUUCCUAAGAGGGCAACCUGAAUUCAUCCAAGAGAUCUUCCUGCCUAACUCUUCAGUCUUGUUGAAUAGUCCAGACUUCCAAUCAUUUGUGGAAACUAUCCUCGAUAAUGUGGUCUUUCUGAUGAACAGUUUAGGCACAAUAGAAGAAGAAGAGGAUGUCCAGAGCCUUCCUGAACUUGCUGCACAGAUACUGAAGAAUUUUCAACAACUUCCAGCAUUUGGACAGCGCCACGAAACAAAUGUAUUUCUACAAAUAAUGGAGAUGUUGUUGCGUGAAUUGGACCCGAAACAGCCACAUAUCUGGAGAACCGCAGACCCAGUAGAACAAGUAGAAGAACAGCUGGACACUUUAUACAGAGCUGCAAGGCCAGAUGUUUUAGAAAACCAGAACAUUCUCAACAGAAGCUUGCAAGUUUUCCAGCACCUGCUGGCCGACUGGCCCGAAUUGACUGUUUUUAAUGGUGAUUAUGCAAACGAUCUAAGCGAACAUUUUAUAAAGGUUCUGUAUGAAAUUGGAUUGUUGGCUCCAGAACAAACUGCUUCAGCCUUUAGCACAAUUUACACUGUGAAAAAUGUUCUUUCAUUUCUGGUCUCAAAUGCAAGUUCUUCUCUUAAGAUGCGAGACUUGGAGAGUGUUGUUUCCAACUUCUACCAAAAGAUUAGUCGAGUCGGGGGAAGCCACGCUGCUGUGCUUGUCCAGACCCUCUCUUCCCUUUAUCAAGACACUGAGCAGUUUUUAAAGCAGGGCGAUGGCUCUUUGGUAACAUUCCUCUAUCAGAACUCAAAGAACAGAUCCACUCCUUUCCCCUUGCUUGACUUUCGAGGCGUGAGCCAGGCUUUCGAAUUCCUUUCCGGUACCGCGAAGCUCCUCCAGCAUUUUCCUCAAGAAUCGAUUUGUGAGAAAUUAUUAAAGCUGUAUAACCACACAGAACUCCAAGUUCAGUCCAUGGGGCAAGAUGGGGAACGGGAAACAGAGGCCGCAACUCGUAUGAUGAACAGCAGUAAAGCAAUACUCUUUGGAAUGGAACGUUGUAUCGGCGCGUUCCAACAUUUGAAAAACUUCUUUGGCACGCCAGCAGAAAAUGCAUUCCGUAAUGCAUCUAGUGAUUUCUCUACGUCUGAAUUUCCCUCUACGAAUCGUUCUAGUUCAUUUAUGAUUCUGCUGGCUGAUCUAUUUUCUAGCAUGUCACCAGUUGGAAAUAUGACAAAUCGAUUGUUGCCCUUGAAUUGUCAUAAGGCAUGGAUUCAAAUGUGGCUUAAGUUUUUAGAAGAAGUGUCUAAAAUGUUAAGGCUGGAUUCAGGGUUUUUAACUGACUUUCACAAUGCCUGGGUCCUCUCUUUGGACAGUCUUGAAAGUAGUAACCUUGCUAAAACAUGCAAUAAAACAAUUGCUAUUGAGGGACAAUUGAGAUCAGUGGUGCAUCUGUUGAAAGGCAUAACCAAAGUUUCUCAUAUGAUUGAUUUUGAGGCAUUGAACCAUUUUUCAGCUGCACUGAGCCAUGUUAGUAAUAUAACCAGUUCAUAUAGCAAAGGGGACUUACAAGAAGUUAUGCACUUGGUAGAAGGCAUAUCUGUUGAACUGCAUAAAGUUGUUUCAAAUGCUAAUUUCAGCAGGGACUUUCUGGAGUCUUGGUUAGACAUUUUCACUCCUGCAAGCUCUAAAGCAGAACACAAGCUGAAUUCUUUGGGGAAGUCCAUCUCCCACAUUCUAUCUUGGGAAGAAAUCGAAACUAGCUUUGUUGAGCUAGAAGAGACCGCUGAACUCCUCAAAAAUGUAUCCCAAGACCAGAAUAUCUUGUCCUGUGCUGAAAUUCUUAAGAAUGUAACCCAGCGAAUGAGAAAUGAAGAUCUGAGCGGCCAAGACAUUUCACAGAGAUGGCUUCCUGAACUUCUGAAAUUUCUUCUCACCUUUGAAAAUGCAACAAUCAGCCUGAAAAGCUGUCACACACUGGGACUUUUAAUUAAGACUCUCAUAGAGAAAUAUUCCAUUUUCUCCCCUAAGAAUGCUAAAGAUGUCUUAAUUCUCUUGACAUCUUUGAGUCCUAUUGAUGAUAGUAGUAAUAAACUGGAAAAUAUUCCAAAUAUUCUUGACAUGGCCUUUAAUUUUACAAAAUGGCCUUGCCUACAAAAUGGCACAAAUGCACAUUUGACAAAUCAUUGUGUUAAUUUAGUAACUGAAUACUUAAAAUUAAUACUACCCGCUUUUUCUGAACAGGUUGAUCUACAGGUGGUCGAUUCUAUUUUUAACCAUUUAAAGUAUACAGGUGGGCAAAUUAAAAACAUAAUCCAGGAUUUAACAGAUCGCUCAUUGGAUGCCCUUGAUUCAAACCAAACUGCUUUCUUAGAACCUAUAAUGAAUUCAACAGAAUUUUUAGGUUUUCUUCAUCAGUUCUGGCCUUCUCCAGUAGGGCUUUUGAGUGACAUUCAGACUCUCCUGAAAAAUGUGUCUACUGAAUAUUUUCAAAAUGGCACAUUUCCUUGGCACACUGGAAUUCUGCUCAAGGCUCUAGGAAGUUCCCCCAAAUACAUUAUCAACUUACUAAGAGCACCCCUUCAUUACUUCAAUGCCAUCUCUAAUAUCCUCAGUAUGACUUCGCAUGCAGAGGACAGCACAUCUAGCUUUGACCCUGAACUAGCAAGAAAGGUUCUCCAAAUGCUGAGGUCUUACAUUCUUCCCAAUUCUCUACAAGAAUUAGAUGCAGAAGUCUUCAGAAAGUACAUGAUAGCUUUACUGCACAAUCUUGAGAAAACAGACGCAAACGUUAGGCAACUAGGACAGAUUAGUAGGAGCCAAAACUCUAUGGACCAUGAGGGUCAAUAUGCAGAGAAUUCUCUGCUGGAUUUCCUAGCAGGCUGGUUCAAGAACAUCAGCAACGCUUUGACUUCAUGGAAUUCAACCACAGUAGGGCAGAUCAUGAAGCUGUUUCAAGAGGCUGAACUUGCAGAAGUAGUGCAAGAGCUUCACUACCUUUCAGAGGUAGUCAACCUGUUUGAGAGGGUAGCUCACAAAAACAUGACAGAUGCCCUGAUUGAAGGAUACCGUUUCAUGCUGAAACACAGUACAGAUGUGGCAGCACUUUCCACGGAGGACUUAUCCAAGGAAGUGAAUAGCCUUGUGGAGUUAUUAGAGCUAGCCACGGAGAUGCCCCUAGAAUCCGCAGAAGCUUUGAAUUGUCUCUCAGCGGUCAUCUGCUGGAACAUCACAGAAAGAAGCUCUCAGGAUGAGCCAGUUUCGAAGGCUUGCAGUGUAGACUUGCAGAAAAAUGCAUCAACUGUGUAUGAAAUGACUGCUGAGAUGAUUGAGCAGCUCCAGAUCCAGGAAGAAUCGCUGUGCUCUGACGAACGUUUUCUCAAGGAAGUCACCUCCAAAAUGGCCUGCUUCCUUGGCCGUCUUGAAGAGUGGCAUCCUGUUAUCUUAAAGCUUUUUGAGUUUCACCCGCUGGACAGCUCAAUCCUGAAUGAAGUCGUGAGUUUUUGGAGCAAACUAUCAGAUUACGUUCUGACUUCCAGAGCCAAUAGGAGCAACCUAUCUCAUUGCAUGUUAAUGGGGAAGGAGCAAACUUCUUUACAACUGAUAGAAGCAGUGAGUAACAUGAUAUCAUCUGAGACGGGAGCAGUUGGGGCUCUUUUUGAACAACUCACGGACUUCUUUGGCAGCCAAAAACCAGAGAGGAGCACUGAAGCACGAAGGAUAAAGACCAUCCUUACCCAUUUACGACACGUGGCUAAUGGGACGUUUGGACUUAAUGAUACCAAAGAUACCUUGACGUCUUUCCUUUCUUCUGUGCAGCCUCUAAUGGCCUUAUCGCCAGCUGGAAACCAAUUGCAUCUGGUACUUAGAACUUUAUUAGCCUUAGCCAGAAAUCGAAGUCUAAGGGAGGGUUUGGAGGCCCUGUGGCUUGAAACGGAGAGAGGCGUAGAAAACCUGUCAUCGGAUUUUAACGUUAGGCAAUUGCUUUUGCUAAUUGCCAAAGAAUUCCAUUUGUUAAGCACAACAGUAGAACUGAAUACUCUGUCCGUGCUGGUCAGUGCCUUAAGACCAUUGAACACAUCGUUUCUACAGAGCUUUGAAGAUGUGCUUGAGCAGGGGAGAAAAUGGCUAGAAGAACACCACAAUAAAAACUUCUCUAAAAUAAUAAAUGCAUUAAUUUUAUUAGCGGCUGGUCAAAAGUCAUCCGAUGAAAUCCUACAGAGCAUCAAAGACAUAAUCUCAUUUUUGGAGCUAUUCAAGAACGAAACGAAAGGCGAUGAUCCUCUUUCUUUCAUUAUUGAUUUUCUUAGUGGCAAAAAGCUGAAGAACGUCCAAGUUGCUCACUUGAUUUUGGAAAAUAGUCUGCUCGAUGUGAUCCGUGAUCUGACAGCUAAAGAGGAGGAGUUGUAUUCCAAUAACACAGAUGAUCAGAUAAUGGAAUUCAUUGACCUGUUCUUUGAUGAUACUUACUAUGAAAACUAUGGAAAAGACAUCGCCCCGUCCCAAAGUAAGGCAAUGGAACUGAUUAAAGAAUUUUUGCAAAUUGUCUUUCCAUCUUCCACAGAACGUUCCAGGAACAAAAUAUUUUUCUUACUGAAGGACUUGCACAAGGACAUAAUUGCAGAAAUGAGUGUAUUCCCCAGGGAUAAAAUUUUGGCUCUUUUAAAGCUCGAUCACCUGGAUAAUUUAGACAAAGAAGUGGAUGAGGUUUCACAAAACGUCACCUAUUCACGUCUCAGAGAUUACAUAAACGGCUUAUUAAACGAAGCGGCUCUCAUGGCAACAAGUAAGGAGUUUCCAUUCGAUGGAGCCAAAGGACUGAUGUUUAUAAGAAGCAUUUUCAACUUUUUGCUCAGAAAUCCCGCUGUUAACAAUAUCACCAGAAGUCACGAGGAACUGUUGGGUUUCGUGAACGACUUAUUAUAUAGUGCGAAUAACUCUCAGAAUCUUAUUCGAAGGAUUCAAGAUCUCUCCGGGACUCUCCCAUUCGUGCAACGCGAUCCCACAGAGAUUGGAAAUCUUGUGCGUAUUUUGACUCAAAACAGUUUCGCCGAUAUACUGGAACGUUCGGAUUUCAACAACAGUAUUUUCCAUUUGAGAAAUAGCACGGUAACUUCAGUGAUGCAAAGACUGUUUCGCAUCUUCUUUGGGGAUAGCAGAGCAGGCUAUACUCCUUGGCCCUACAUUGACAUUCAUGAUGUUUUAAAAUCGGUAUUUGAGGAAAACGAUGACUUUAAGCAGGUAGAAAAAGUAAUAGAGGUCUUAUUUAGCUUCCUAAUGUUGUCCAGAAAAGCUGUCAAAGAAACGGUUACUGUUUCUAAAAUCCUAGAAAACCUCAAUGUUACAGAGAAUCUCAAUCCCCUUGAGAUGUCUUAUUUAGCUCUCCAGAAAGCUGUUCGUAGAGCUGUCGGAGAGAAGAGCUUGAAGGAGGAGGCACACAUGUUGUAUUUGAAUAAAGGGCAGCUGGACAGCUUGGAGAACGCAUUUUUUGAUUUGACCUCCAUGAUGAUUCCACUUAAUGCAUUCAGUUUGAAGAAAUCAGACACAGCAGUGGUAGAAGGUGCACUGGCUGAAAGUCUGAGCCAGUUCAGUGACGCAUUUGAAGAAGAAAUAGCUAAGUUUUUGACAAGUGCACUCAAUUAUUCCAUCAUGCUGGAGAGGCUGGUUGAUGUGGUUGCCAACUCAAUUGCCAACUCUUCCGAAGAGGCUUCUAAACUAGUGGAAAAUAUGCUUGACUUCUUGGUGUCCAUUAAGGAUAUGAUACAAAGAAACAAUUCAAAGUUGAAUUUGACUCAGGCACUGAAACAGGAGAAAGGUGAUGAUGAAAUUCAGAAAGUAAUCUCUUACUUUCUUGAGAUGCAGUCAUUGGAACGGGAAGCUUCCGUCAAAGCUGAAGUCCCUGAAGAGUUUUGGUCAAACAGUUCCGAACAGGAUCCGAAUAGGUGGAUUACUCUGUUGAAAAGACAAGAUGGCAUUCUGACGGCCUUGGGUCUCAUUACGGAGUUGAUAGAUUUCACAUCAGAUUUCACCAAUGGAGACUUGAACACACUGUCCUUUCUCACAAGUCCUGUUGUCCAGAAUGCCGUUAAGCUAUCUGUUCUGCCUGCGUUGGAAGAAAUGUUUCCGUUGAUAGGUCUGCCUCACUUGAAUAAAAACCAGAAAGGGAGCUUCGUUCAAGACCUGCUACAAACAAUCUUGAGACUUCUUUUUAAUGAAAGUCGCAUACAGGAAAAUAGAAUGCUGAAUGUGAAGCUCCUGCAAUAUUUGGUUUUGCCACUCCUGGUAGGGCAGCGGUUAAAUGACUGGAGAAUAAAUGAAGUGUGCCAGGUUCUACACAAGCAUUUAACUCCAGAAGGUGCCACCCUGUUGCUGAAACUGGAGGCUGCAGCUUUGAAUGCAUUGACAACGAUUUCAGACAAUCCUGCUUUCACGACUAACCUGCAGUGCGUGUUUAAGAGCUGUAAAAAUGGAUUCCCAAGGCAAUUCCUUUUCUCUGUCCUGGAAGGAAUCUAUUUGGUUCAAGGCCACUACCAGCACACGGAAGAAACAUUGUCGUCUUCUGCUCAAGGGAUCUGUGAAAACUUGGUGUAUCUAAAAAAGAAGCUUUCUGCCACUUUGGCGGCGUUCCAACGAGGGUUAUACCGCGCCACCGAUGAGCACUGUGAAUGCCGACGUGACUCAGAAAGCAUCCAAAGACACAUGGAAAAGUUGACCGAAACCCUGCAGGCCCCUGUGGCAGGCAACCCGCUGAUGGCUUUCCUUCAUAACUUCAGUCUGCCCGCUGACGUGAAAAUAAAAGAUUGCAUGCAGAAUGCCACUGAAGUGGCCCAAGAACUCCGUUCUUUAAGCAACAUUUCAGACAAGACUAUUAAUAUGGUCAUGGAAUCCAGCAUUUCAUAUCCAAAGUUUCUCUCCGGUGCUCUCACAGCCGCUUUGGUGGGAAGAUGUGAUGUGGAGGCACUUAGCCCUUUCCUAACGUUUCCCUCAGAAGACCAUGCUGCCGAUGCUGUGAAGGAAAUUUGUUCUCUGCCACCCCAGGAGUUGUACACCAUGGCUGUACUCCUCCUGCAGAACCUCAGUGUACGCAAUGUCGUUUAUAAGAUCAAACUGCCAUCUGAAGUAGACAAGUUACUCGACAUGCUGUUGGAUGUUGUAUCUAAUGUCAGUUCCCUUCUAAAGAAAGCGCAGCGUAUCUUCGAAAACCUUCCUGCAUUCCUUCGAACACUAAAAAGCACUUCUGUGCUUGAUAUUUCUGCUUUUCAAUUGAUCUUCCAAAACAGGCAAUUCAGAAGUCUUACUGUGGGUUCGCUGCAAUCGCUCAUUAAAGGAGUCUGCAAAGAAGACUCUUCAUUCUUCAGCAGCACAAAUAUGUUCAUUGACAUGCCUCGAAUCACUGAAGUGCUGGAGGAGGACAUGGCAAAAUUCAGCAUUCCUGAAGACUCAACACAAUUUUGCUUGCAGCUCUAUCAGGAAAUUUUACAAUCUCCUAACGGGGCUUUGAUUUGGACCUUCCUCAAGCCACUGUUGCAUGGAAAGAUACUGUAUACUCCCAAUACAAAGAAUAUUAAUUUGGUGAUGCAAAAGGCUAAUCGGACAUUUGGCUUUGUCGCGGACUUGAAAACAUAUUCGGAGGCUUGGCUUCGGAUGACAGAACUCGUGAAACACAGUGAAAACUUCCUGAUGGUCAGCCAGCUGCAGGAGGCACUGCAGAACACAUUCAUAAAGAACUUUGUGGAAAGUCAACUGGAUUUGGAUGUGGGCAAGCUCAUGGGGAAGCUGCAGAUGUAUGAGACGGCGAUAGAGAAAAUGCUUAACAACUCAGCAACAGAACAGAUCAGCCUGCUGGCCCAGUUCAUGGGCAACCUCUCCUCCUGCCUGCUGCUGGACCGUUUCCAGCCUGUUGAGUCCGUGGAGAAACUGGAGGCGAAAGCUCACGAGCUCAUGCAACAAAACAAUUUCUUGGCCAGUGUUAUAUUUGAUGCCUCUGACACCAAGAGGGGUGGAGCGGAUAUUGUUCAGGAGCUCCCCAAGCACGUCUCGUAUACCAUUCGAACGAGUAUCCUGCACAGCCUGAGGACAGACCUGAUCAAGAAUCCAGCCUGGAAAUCCCACCCUCAGAACUUGCCGGCGGACGGUUUCAAGUAUAACCACGUCUUCAUCCCUUUGCAAGAUAUGAUCGAGAGGGCCAUCGUUUCAGUGCACACUGGGGUAGACGCGCUGGAUGCCGGGAUACAAGUUCAAGCUAUGCCGUAUCCGUGCCAUACCAGCGAUCUAUUCCUGAACAACAUUGGUUUCUUUUUCCCGCUUAUAAUGAUGCUGACGUGGAUGGUAUCUGUUGCGAGCAUGGUCCGGAAACUUGUUUAUGAGAGAGAAAUUCAUCUCGAGGAGUAUAUGAGGACCAUGGGCGUGCCGCCAAGCAUCCACUUCCUAGCCUGGUUUCUGGAGAAUGUUGUUGUCCUCACGAUAAGCUGCUGUGCUCUGACCGUCAUCUUGAGAGCGAGCGGCAUAUUUGCCUACAGCGACGGCUUCCUGGUCUUCCUCUUCUUCCUGGAUUUCGGGGUCUCGAUUGCCAUGUUCAGCUACCUGCUCAGCGUGUUCUUUGCUUCUGCCAACACGGCGGCCCUUUGCGGCAGUCUGCUCUACAUGAUCAGUUUUUUGCCCUACGUCAUCCUCUUGGUCCUCCAGAACCAGCUGAGCUUUGCCAACCAAACCUUCGUGUGCUUUCUUUCGACAACUGCCUUUGGGCAAGGAGUGUUUCUCCUUACUUUACUUGAAGGACAUGAACUAGGAAUUCAAUGGAACAAUAUUUAUCAGCCCUUGGCCAAAGGAGGACCCAUGACUUUUGGAUGGGCUUGUUGGAUGAUUCUCCUUGACUCCGUCAUCUAUUUUAUAAUUGGAUGGUAUUUCAGCAAUAUUAUUCCUGGAAGGUUCGGGUUGAGAAAGCCGUGGUAUUUUCCCUUUACUCUAACUUAUUGGAAGAACAUGUGCGGUGUCAGAACUAAGAAGCAACCUUCCCUUAAUCCUGCUCUGUUUUUUGUGAAUGAAAGCUUCCGGCGAAUAGGGUCCCUUCCCCAAGAGCUGGAAAAAGGUGGUGAGGAAGAAAACCCAAUAGGAGUUCUACUGAAGUCACUGACCAAGGAGUACACCGAAAGCAACAAGACUGCUGUGAAAGAUCUCAGUCUGGCUUUCUAUAAAGGACACAUCACUGCUCUACUGGGUCCGAAUGGAGCUGGAAAGACAACCGUCAUAUCAAUGUUAACAGGCCUGUUCCCACCCAGCUCGGGCAACAUUAUCAUCAACGGGAAGGACAUGGAGACAGACCUUGCUGCCAUUUGGACCGAGAUGGGAGUAUGUCCUCAGUAUGACGUGCUCUUUGACUCUCUCACUGUUCGAGAACAUUUGCUGCUUUACGGAACGGUGAAGGUCCCUCUCUGGACAAAAGAGCAGCUACAUCAGCAUGUCACGAGAGCCCUGCAGGAUGUGGGAUUGUUCCAGCACCGGUGCAAGUAUAUCAGAGCCCUGUCCGGAGGGAUGAAGCGACGGCUUUCCAUCGCCAUUGCCUUUAUUGGUAACUCAAAGACCGUGGUCCUGGAUGAGCCCACCAGCAGCAUCGAUCCAUGCUCACGUCGUAGCAUCUGGGAUAUUCUGCUCAAGUACAAAGCAGGUCGCACCCUGAUUUUUACCACCCACCAUCUUGACGAAGCAGAAGCCCUGAGCGACCGCAUUGCCAUUCUGCAACACGGGCAGCUGAGUUGCUGCGGUUCUCCCUCUUAUCUCAAAGAAAUGUAUGGCCAAGGACACAGCCUGACGUUCACAAAAAAGCCCUCUGUGUUUGCAACUGAAGACCCCUGUGAUACUCUUCGGGUCACAGCUCUGGUCCAGGCCUACAUUCCAGAAGCGCUCCUGAAAGAGAACAGUGGGAGCGAGCUGACCUAUAUGAUCCCUGCGGAGGCUGACAAGGCUGCUUUUAAAGGUCUCUUCCAGGCGUUGGAUGAGAACCUUCCGUACCUUCAUGUGACUGGCUAUGGCAUUUCUGAUACCACUUUGGAAAAGGUGUUUUUGAAACUACUGCAAAGCUCAGAGAAGACAUCAGAAACUCCAGUAGUCGUGGACAUGAAGUUCUCUCAGGCUGAUAUUGCAGAAUCAACACAUAAAAAUGGCAAUUCUCUGAUGGAGGCACCGAGGGUUCGGGGAGCAAGGCUGGUUCUCAAUCAGAUCGCUGCCCUCCUAAUGAAGCGCCUUCGUCACACCCGGCGAGACUGGAGAGGGACUCUAUCAAGCAUUCUGCUACCUGUCCUCUUUGUUGCCAUGGCGAUGGCCUUGUUUACCGUGAAGCCAUUGGCUAUCGAUUAUCCUUCCCUGAAACUGACACCUGGACUUUACGACAAUGCAGAAACCUUUUUUAGCGGUCAAGGCGAUGGCCUCUCCCAUAUGUUGAUGAGGUACUUUACAGAUGAAGAUGACUUAUGUGUGCAUUCAAGACGCGAAGUGAACAAUCCGUGCUGGAAAACGACAGCUCCUCCCCAGCAAGAACCCUUGCCUUGGUGCGAGUGUGCAGCGGACCAAGAGACAUGUCCAGCAUUCAAUAUCUCUGCCCCCUAUAUGAAGAACAAGAAAGGGCACACUCUGUACAACCUUUCAGCCCUCAGUAUUGAAGAGUACUUAAUCAGGCCUUCUAACAAAGCAAGAUUUGGAGGUUGGUCUUUUGGAGAGACACUGUCUACUGAACCACAAACCACAGGAAUAAAGAAGCCACACCAUAAGCUAAUAGCUAAGGUGUGGUAUAAUCAGAAGGGAUUCCAUGCAUUGCCUUCUUACUUAAACCAACUCAACAAUCUUAUUCUAUGGAAGAAUUUGCCUUCAGAUGUGGACUGGAAACAGUACGGGAUCACUCUCCACAGUUGUCCGUAUGGAGGAGCCUUGCUCGAUGAAGAUAAGAUAAUGGAGAAUGUCCGUCAGUGUGGAGUCGCACUCUGCAUCGUGUUGGGGUUCUCCAUACUUACCGCCUCCAUCGGAAGCUCAAUUGUUAACGACAGGACAUCUGGGGCAAAGCGACUGCAACAUAUCUCUGGACUGGGCUACAAGACAUACUGGAUCGCUAACUUCCUUUAUGACAUGCUGCUGUAUCUGGUUCCAGUUAGCCUGUGCAUUGGUGUCAUUACCGUCUUCCAGCUAUCAGCUUUCACUUUCCGCGAGAACUUGGCCGCCACGGCUCUCCUGCUGAUUCUCUUUGGUUACACAACUCUUCCGUGGAUGUAUCUUAUGUCACGCUUUUUCGCCAGCUCGGAUAUCGCGUUCAUUUCCUACGUGUCCUUAAAUUUCGUAUGCGGCCUCUGCACGAUGCUGGUGACCCUCUUGCCUCGUUUGCUAGCGGUGAUUUCUAAAGGAAAGAGCUUUCAGAAUAUCUACAACGUCCUCAAAUGGACCUUCAUCAUUUUCCCACAGUUCUGCCUAGGCCAGGGCUUAAUAGAACUUGCCUAUAACCAAAUUAAGUUUGAUCUGACGAGCAACUUUGGGAUCAAUUCUUACGUGACUCCUUUCGAGAUGGAUUUCUUGGGCUGGAUCUUUACCGAAAUGGCCCUGCAGGGCACACUUCUCCUCCUCCUGCGUGUCCUACUGAAUUGGGACCUGCUCCAAAAACCCAGGGACCAUCGCUGUAUCACCAAUACCUUCGUCCCAUCUUCAGAAGAUAAAGAUGUCGAGCUGGAGCGUAAAAGGCUUUUUGGAGGAGGAAAUGGUAACGAUCUCCUUCUGUUGUACAACCUCCAAAAGAGUUAUCCGGGUUUCAGCAAGAGGAACACCGCUGUGAAAGGCAUCACGCUGGGGAUACAGAGAGGAGAGUGUUUUGGCCUCCUUGGAGCGAACGGAGCAGGGAAGAGCACCACGUUCAAGAUGUUGACUGGAGAUGUUAUUCCGUCGGCAGGACGUGCAGUUAUCCAGACUCCUACCGGAUCGGAACUGGAUAUUUUAUCUGCCCUCUCUCAAGGCGUUCGGAUCGGCUACUGCCCGCAACAAGAUGCCCUGGACGCCCUUCUAACUGGCUGGGAACAUCUCUAUUAUUACUGCAGUCUGCGUGGAAUUCCCCAGCGGCACGUCCGUGAGGUCGCCGGAGACCUCGUUAGUCGACUGCAUCUGGAUGCGCAUGCUGAUGAGCUGGUGGGGACCUACAGUGGUGGGACCAAGAGAAAGCUUUCCACAGCCUUGGCAUUGGUUGGCAAGCCCCACGUCCUUCUGCUGGAUGAGCCGAGCUCUGGAAUGGAUCCCUGUUCGAAGAGGUACCUUUGGAAUACGAUCACAAAGGAAGUCCAGGAUGGUUGUGCUGCUGUUCUGACAUCUCACAGCAUGGAAGAGUGUGAAGCCCUCUGCACGCGGCUGGCCAUUAUGGUAAACGGCAGGUUCAAGUGCCUCGGAUCUCCCCAGCAUAUCAAAAAUAGGUUUGGGGAUGGCUAUUCAGUCAAGGUGUGGCUCAGCAAAGGAACCAAUAGCCAAAAGACCAUCACGGAAUGUCUGCGUUUCCAUUUCCCUGGUGCAUGUUUCAAGGGACAGCACCUUAAUCUGCUGGAGUACUGCGUGCCGCAAAACCAGGGCUACCUAGCUGAGCUUUUCAGAGUUUUAGAGAGCAACAGAAUGUCGUUGCAAAUUAAACAUUACUCCAUCAGCCAAACCACUUUAGAACAGGUGUUCAUUAACUUUGCCACUCAAGACCAAGAGGAUCCGAACUCGGCGCAGGGAUCUCGCACCAGUCAUGACUGCCACCUGCCAGCAUCGGCUUGAGGCCGGCUGCCAUCCAACACACCACAAGACUUUCCUUCUCCACCAGAUAGGC